UUGCGAAUUUGAAUUCGUUGGCCGUUUGAGAGACCGUACACAAAGCGCUCCUUCAAAACCAGUGACAUCGCUGUCAAAGAUCCCACCUUUGCCUUUGAAUCCCUUCUCUCCAGCGUCCGCUGAGCUUGCGCUAGAUUUAGAGAGCGAGGGAGAGAUGGCCGGAGUGGUUUUGGUCUCUAAUGGGUGCCGGGGAGGAGCGGGAGGAGGUGGGAACGAGAAGAGAAGGAGUGGAGGAGAGGAAGGAGGGGAAAACCAGAUAUCUUUGCUUGCUUUGCUUCUGACGGCGAUCAGGAAGUCGAUGGUGUCGUGUAGGAUGGAGAGGACGGAGGAUGAGGUCCUUCCCGACGGCGAUGAGCAGAUGGAGAUUGGGUGGCCGACGAAUGUCCAGCAUGUUGCUCAUGUGACCUUUGAUAGGUUUCAUGGAUUUUUAGGGCUUCCUGUUGAGUUCGAGCUUGAGAUUCCUUGUAGGGUUCCCAGUGCUAGUGCUAGUGUUUUUGGUGUCUCUGCUGAAUCAAUGCAAUGCAGUUAUGAUUCAAAGGGUAACAGUGUGCCCACAAUUCUGCUACUCAUGCAGGAAAGACUUUACUCACAAGGAGGAUUGAAGGCAGAAGGCAUCUUUAGAAUUAACCCCGAGAACAGCCAAGAAGAAGAAGUAAGAGACCAGCUGAACAAAGGCACUGUCCCUGAUGAUAUUGAUGUUCACUGUUUAGCUGGGUUGAUUAAGGCUUGGUUCAGAGAACUCCCGGAAGGAGUGCUUGACGGGCUCUCUCCGGAACAAGUUCUUCAAUGCAACACAGAAGAAGAAUGUGUUGAUCUUGUUAGGCAGCUGCUUCCUACACAGGUUGCUCUUCUUAACUGGGCUGUCGAUCUCAUGGCCGAUGUCGUUGAGGAAGAAGAAUUAAACAAGAUGAAUGCGAGAAACAUCGCUAUGGUCUUUGCUCCUAACAUGACUCAAAUGUCCGAUCCGUUAACAGCAUUGAUGCAUGCUGUCCAAGUUAUGAACUUGCUCAAGACUCUAAUACUGAAAGUAUUAAGGGAGCGUGAGGAGACAGCUUCUGAAGAAGACUACUCAUCAUACUCUUCAUCACCUGUAUCCAAUCAACAGGAUGAUUAUGACGAUGAAGAUUGUGGUAGUCAAAAAGAGAUGGAUACUAAUGUUGUCAAUGAUGCUCAAGCUACUACAAACAAUCAAAUGGAUGUCAAUAUGAAUACAAGCUCUGAAAUUACUGAACGAACAUUGGAUUGUUUCAUUGUGGAUUACCGAAACACAAGUGACGAAGGAGACGAUUGCAUGAGAGACAUUGAGGACUGCUUCUUGAAGCAAUUGGAAUGGAAAGAAGAUCAAACAACACCGUUGAGCUGCUCCGACUUCAAUGCUAGUUCUUGUUUCUCAUCAGAAAGCAAAGUAUGUAGUUCGAUCACUAGUUAUGAGACUGAAUCAGAGUCAAGUGUUACUAGAGAUGUUACGAUGAUAUCAAAGAGCUUAAUGGAGCAGAUUGAAGAAGAAAAAGAAGGAAAAGGAGCUGAGUUGAACUAAUGUGUGGCAUUGUGUUGUUGUUUACUGAUGUUUUUAGUGUAGUUUAGUUUAGUUUUAGUUUAGUGUAGUGUUUGUUGGUCAUGUGUGCAUGGAUCUCAUCAUCAACACAGUGUUGAGAGUGUUGAGCUUGCAGUGGAUCUUGUGAAUGUUUGUGGUGUGGUUCAGCUUCAAGCUGAAUUGGAUUGUGUUGUUUGACUGAUGAUGAACAAUGUUUAGUUUUGCUUGAUGAACUAAUGGAGUUUGAUUCUAUGA